AUGCUAUUCCCUGUUACAUUCGCUUGGUUUUUGUUUGCAGGUGUUUUUGCCCAAGCACUUUCCACAAAAACUUUUACCAGUACUCUGACAUCUACUUCACAAAUUUGUCCAGAUUGCACUACGAUCACUAGUUACUCCACGAUGCCAGAGCCGACAACAGAAGAUGAGCCAUCAACUAUUACUUCAACGAUCUGCCCUUCAUGUACCAGGCCUUCUACAGAGGUUACAACAAAAUCAUCAACUGAGCCAGAAGAAACUACUACGGAACCAAAUACUACCGAAAGUUUAACGGAGCCGGAGACAACAGACUGCUGGAGUACUGAAUCAGUGCCUGAAGAUACUACUUCAGAGGAAACUACUACCUCUGAAGAACCUUCUACUUCAAAAUUGAUUACUUCCUCAGAAGAAACUAUCACUUCAGAACCACCUUCCACCUCGACUGAAUUGACCACCUCGGAAGAACCUAUUACGUCGGAAGAAACAACAACUUCGAAAGAAAGCGCCACGUCGGAGGAAAGUUCCUCUGAAACUGAAAUCAGCUCUUUCACCACCCUUGAACCAAAAUCAAGCACUACUCCAGAAGAACCUGUAACCUCAAGUACAUCCACUAUUUCUACAAGUACUAUAUCCACAUUGACUUCUACUGUAUGUCCAAGCUGCGACACCCAUAGUACUUCCACUACGCUUUCAAGCAGCUCCUCUUCUAGCUCCUCAAGCAUGAUAAGUUCUACCACAGACACUGAUUCUGAAUCAAGUACUUCUUCCGUCACUACCAUAGCACCACCACCAUCUUUUACCACAACUCUCCCUGAUACAACCCCGUCCACAUUGAGUAGUUCGACUGGACGUACCGAAUCUGAAACAAUCCCAUCUACCGCUAGCAUUUCUACUGAAAUUACUGAAUCUGAAACUACUACUCUUCCAACCCCCAUUCCAACGACCUUGAGCACAAUUAUUACUUCUGAUAUCUCUACGACUGAGACGGAAAUAUCAACUGAAACGACUAUUGUAUGCUCCAAUCGUGAAGAAUGUGCAGAUACUGUAACAAGUGACACUCCAGUCCUUGAAAGCACAACUUCUGAGUUAAUCCAAACAAUUACAACAUCAGAAAUAAAAACUGAUUCAUUUAAAACUACUGAACCAACUAUUGAAUCAAGUAUUGAAACAAAUGUUGAGGCAAGUACUGAAUCAGGUACCACCGAAACAACAGAGAUCUAUUCCACACCACUUUCAGAAACUACCAUCACAUCAGAGAACUGUUAUGGAACACGCUGUACGACUGUUACAAGUACAGUCACUGUUCCAGUCACUGAUCUAACAACUUCAACUUCACCAUCAAACUCUUCACCAUCAUCAGCACCAAAUGAAACUACGGAACCUAUGGAACCUUCAUUGGAAUCUUUUACCUCUCAAGCACCAAAAACAGACACAGAACAAAGUUCUUCUACGGUAAGCUUUGGAGCAGUUUCUUCGAUUUCAAUAUUUCAAGGUGUUGCUUCUUCCAUAAACGCAAGAUCUUCAACAAUAUUUGGAGUAUUUCUGGGAUUAAUCUCUCUACUCUGA